AUGGAUGUGGCUGCGCGUACCAAAGACACAGUGUUCUUCAAACUUUGUCGACAGGACGAGUUUGCUAGGACUCUACUGUACCCAGACGUGCCUUCAUACUACGUGUGGACAAAAAAGAACACCUGGGCUUGGCGGAAGUGCGGUGCCAACGUCGAGGGCUAUCCAGGCGUCAAAAAAGACGCCUCACUCGGAAGGGUAUUCACGGUUCCCCCAUCGCGACAAGAAUGUUUUUACUUGCGACUCCUUUUUCACGAAGUUAAUGGUCCAACGAGCUACAAUAACUUACGGGCGGUUAAUGGAGUUUUAUGUGACACUUUUCGUGAGGCCUGCCUCCGUCUCGGCCUUUUGGAAGACGACAGCCAGUGGGAUGCCACAGUGGCUGAGGGAGCUCUUUUAAAAAUGCCCUCUGCUUUGCGCCACCUCUUCACAAUAAUCUUACAAAUGUGCGAAUCCAGUGAUCCAAAAUCACUUUGGGACAAAUACAAGGGCUUUUUGUCCGAAGACAUACUCAGAGAGCGCAACUGCUGUCCAACAAUGGCUCUUACAUUCAACGAUGGAAUUUACAACAGGGCGCUUAUAAUCAUUGAGAACCUGUUUAUUGAAAUGGGGGGGAUCUCUCGCCGCUACUGGGCUUCCAACUCCAGAUUGUGUGGCUUCCUCCAGUCUCUCACCUGA